AUGAUUGACAAGACCGUCAAUUUCGUUCUGGGCCAGGCCCAAGAAUCACCGAUAACAUUCCUGGCAUACUUCGCGGCAGCAUCGGCCCUAUUCUACCUCCUGAUCAGCGAAGUCCAAAGACACCAAGUACGCAUACCUGGGUUCGAUGGACCCUCGGGCCUCCCUAUGAUUGGCAACAUCCACCAAAUCAGAGUCAACGCAGCAGAGCAGUACCGUCUAUGGGCCCAGAAAUAUGGCUCAGUCUACCAGAUCAUGCUGGGCAAUGUGCCCGUCAUCGUCGUGAAUUCUUCGAAAGCGGCGCGCGAGAUCUUCGGCGCAAAUUCACAGGCCUUGUCAUCAAGACCAGAAUUUUACACGUUCCACAAAGUGGUCAGCUCUACCAGCGGGACAACGAUCGGCACAUCGCCUUUCUCGGAGAGUCUGAAGCGGCGGAGAAAGGGUGCCGCGAGCGCACUGAAUAAACCCAGCGUGGCAACCUACGUGCCGCACAUCGAUGUCGAGACACGGGACUUUUUGAAUGAGUUUCUCCUCUAUGGCGACGGCGGCCGCAAACCCGUGGACCCGAUGCCGAUGAUCCAGCGGCUCUCCCUGUCGCUCGCGUUGACGUUGAACUGGGGCACCCGAAUGGCGUCCCAAAACGACGAGCUGUUCGGCGAGAUCACGCACGUCGAGGAAGAAGUGUCCAAGUUCCGCUCCACGACCGGCAACUUGCAAGACUACAUCCCGCUCCUGCGACUGAAUCCAUUCAAUUUUGGGAAAGCACGGGCGCGCGAAAUGCGGCAGCGCCGUGACGUCUACCUGAAGAAACUAAAUGACGACCUGGACGACCGGAUGGCCAAAGGAACACACCAACCGUGCAUUCAAGCGAACGUCAUCCUGGACCGCGAAGCAAAGCUCAACAAGGAAGAACUGGUGUCCAUCUCCCUUACCAUGCUGUCGGGCGGUCUCGAUACGCUGACCACGCUGGUCGCCUGGUCCAUGGCUCUCCUGGCCCAGCGCCCUGACAUCCAGCAGAAAGCCCACGACGAGAUCCGCAAGGUUUACUCACCGGAGCAGAUCCUCUGUGAUGCGAAUGACGACCAAUCCAUUGCUUACAUUGUGGCGCUCGUCCGAGAACUCCUCCGGUAUUACACGGUCCUGCGACUGUCCCUGCCUCGAGCCACGGUAAAGGAUAUUACAUACAAUGGGCGGGUCAUCCCCGCGAAAUCCGUCAUCUUCCUCAACGCCUGGGCAUGCAACAUGGACCCGGAGGUGUGGACGGACCCAUUCACGUUCCGCCCGGAGCGUUGGCUUGAACAUCCCGAUGCGCCGCUCUUCACGUACGGUCUCGGCUACCGGAUGUGUGCGGGCUCUCUGCUGGCCAACCGAGAGAUGUACACCAUCUACCUGCGAUUGCUUAGCGCGUUUGAGCUGAUGGAUGUGCAAGCGGAAGACGGUAAAGAGAUGGAAACACAUCCUGUCAAGGGAGUGGAAGAUCAGACGCAGCUGGUUAGUGUUCCCAGGCGGUAUAGGCUUCGAGUGGUGCCCAGAGACGAGACUGGCCUGAGAAAGGCUCUAGCUGAGUAUGACGAGAAGCAUUGA